AUGUCCGAGAAGCAGCCCCCCGCCGUCGUUGAGGGCGCCACCGCCGGUGAUGUCGAGGAGGAGGUCCAGCCCGCCAAGUCCGCCGAGGACCGCAAGGCCCAGUCCGCGCUCGCCAACCUCGACGCCCGCGGCGACGAUACAUCCGAGGACAAGGUAGACGCCGAGGCUGCCCAGGCGGCAAUCAAGGGUCUCGGUGGUGCUACCGCAGCUAAGAAGGAGGUUAAGAACGUCAAGGUCGACCAGGCUGACGUCACGCUGCUGGUUGACGAGCUCGAACUUACGAAGGCUAAGGCCACGGAGCUGCUGAAGGCGCACGAGGGUGAUGCGGUCAAGGCCAUGAAGGCCUUCGUGACUCCAAGUUUCUGA